AUGGUACCCCUUGCGGAGGUCUACAACGAUCCCCUCCCGCGUCCGCAAUCACUAUGGCACAUGCUAAACUCAGCAGCGGACGCACACGCAGACUCAGCUGCUAUUACAUCUAUGCAUCAAGCUCCCAACCAUCUCGCGAAACUCAUCCGCAACCCAAAGACUCGUUCCAACGAUCCGUGGUUAUGCUGGACGCACGCCGAUGUCAAACGUGCCGCCUUGUCGGUUUCGGCGGGUAUGACAGCCGCAGGGGUGCAGCGCGGACCAACUGUUGCGACGUUUAUCAGUAACGGUGUUGAGUCGGAGCUCAUGCUGUGGAUUGCUGCGGUGUUGCAGAUCACGCUUGUGCCGUUGGAUUUUGGGUUGGUGAUGAAGGGGAGGAGGGAGCAGUUGGAUGAUUAUCUUAAGCGGCUCAAUCCGGAUGUUGUGGUGGUGGGUGAUGAGGCCGGUGCUGAGGCGUUGGAUGAGGCGUUGGAUGAGGCGUUGGGAGAAUGUGGUCUUGACACUAUUUUGAGAGUCGUGUGCUCCGAGACCGAGCGAGACGGCUGGAGGUCAUUCGAAAGUCUCGGUGUCGCAGAGCUCACGGACGAGCAGGAAGCAUCCGUCACGAAGCAAGAUGCUGGGAUCGAGAAGCAUGGUGACCGACCAGCAGUCAUUCUCUUCACCAGCGGUACUUCGACUGGUCGACCGAAAGGCUGUCCUUUGAGCGCUACGAACGUCCUAAACGCUUCGGUCAACCUGGCGGCAGUGAGAGACCUGCCGAAUGGGAUCCUGGUGCAGUCCGUCAACUUCCGCUCGAUCAGCUAUAUGAUCAGCACCAUCGCGCUCGGGACUGGAAGGCACAUCAUUAUGCCAGCUGCGACCUUCUCCACGAGCACAACGCUAGAUGCUGUCGAGAAGUGCAAGGCGGAGUUCUUGAUCUGCAUUCCCGUACAAGUGCAGAUGUUCGCACAAGAUCCAACGUUCAAGUAUCGAGAUCUGUCUUCGCUUCGUCGCGUGGCGAUUGGUGGUGACAUGGUGACGACCGAUGUACUUGUGAAGGCACGCUCGAUGUUCCCGCACACUCAUGUUGAUACUGGCCAUGGCAUGACGGAAGGGGUUGGAGUCCUGGGUUGGGGUCCUGAUACGCUCCAUGAUGAUGUUCCUGAGCACCAUGGCAUACUGUCAGUCGGAGUACCAGCCCAAGGCACGAAUGUCCGUAUUUGCGAUCAAAAUGGCAAUAUUGUCGGCCGUGGCGAGGAGGGCGAGCUACACUUGGGAGGGUUCUCGAUGGUUCCAGGAUACCUGGGUGGUGAACAGCCGGAAGCUUCGUAUCAAGACUCUCACGGAAAUUGGCUCAAGACCGGGGACAGAGCGUUCAUGACUGAGAAGGGCGCCGUCUUCAUGAUCGGCCGGAUCAAGGACAUCAUCAAGAAGGUCGGGAUCUCUUUGUCUCCAGCAGUCAUCGAAUCGGUCCUCAACUCGAGGGAAGGGGUGCAGGCGUCUGUCUUUGGCAUGCCGGACCCACGGUAUGGUGAAGUGCCAGUGGCUGUCGUACGAGACAAACCAUCUGAAGACUUGAAGAGGGUGGUGGUGGAUAAGCUCGGCUCAGAACAUGCGCUCCAGGAUGUUGUGACGUUGGAAGAGCUCGGGCUCGAAAGCUUUCCAUACAACCAGACUAUGAAGGUCAUGAAGAUCACGCUGCGGGAGGCUCUUCAGAGGAAGCUAGGUCAGACAUAG